AAGUAGUGAAACAUAGAACAGGAUGCAUUGCACCACACUUGCUCUGAUCGCAAUUUGUUGCCUGGGCACGGGACUAUCCGCAACAACAAGCGUUCCAGUAGGAACAAUACCUGCCAGCAAUUUCUAUUUGAAUUUGAAGAGCAUAUUGCGGAAUGUGCCCCAGAAACAGAUCGAGCAUCUGGUGCAGGCCUAUCUGCUAAACGAUGCAGAAUUCCAAGCAGUCGUUCGGGAAAUCAAUUCACUGACCACAUAUCGCCUUGGACUCCAGCUGCUCAAUCAGCCAGAGUUUCGUCAAUUGCUGCAGUGGACGUCACAGCAGCUGAUCUUGGCAGGUGGAUCCAUAAAAGUAUUUGAGGAACUGGAACUGGAGAUUAAAGUGCUGAACAAGCAUCCCCACUGGGCGCAGUCGGUGAAUGGCAUAAAUGGUUUCGAACAAGAAUUUAGCUAUUUAUAUCCAGUCGCCGCGAUUCGUAAGCUGCUGGAGAGUAGUGCCCAACAGAGUCCCGUCUUUGGUGAAUUCUGGCGUCGAGUCGUGGCCCUGAAGCCAACCUAUGAGCGCUUCUUGGCCACACCACAGGCCACUGGACUGGCUAACCGAUUGCGCGCUUUGGGCGUGGAUGUCAACAACUGGGAUGCAACUUUGCGUUAUCAGCUGGGUUGGAGUAAUGAGACUCUACCCAAUUAUGACUAUGAAUACAAUUAUGGAUUUUAUUAAGUCAAUUGAGUAUUGAGAAAUGCGAGCGAGUGAUAAGCAAAUAUGUUAUACUUAUACUUAAAUAUUUAAUCUAAAACAUUGCUAUAUAUCUCAAAAGUUUUAUCUUAAAGCAACCUACACUAAUUAUAUCUACGUAACUACUUAUCAGUAUUACUUAGUAAUAUACAUGAAUAUAAUAUACAAGUAUUCCAACGUAAUCCCAAAGAAA